AAGGAGAAAGCACCGAUUUCGCCAUUCGGACGUGCACGUUUUCUGCGCUCACACGUGCUCGUUCCGUUCAGCACGUGUACAAACAGAAUUCUAAACAUUACACGUCUUCAAACAGAAGCUGUUUACUGAAACCUGGAACUUUCUGCUUCCACAAACAGCGUCAUUCUUCCAGGAAACAAGAUUAGACUCAGAGCUGGACACGAGAACCGAUUCGGUGUCUCAUGAUGAAAAGCAGACCCAGUUUUAUUCUGCCAUUCCUUCAAACAUGGAUCUGUCUUCUUCUGGCAGAAUCGUCUUCAAACUGCUUAAUUAGAGAUGAUAAAGCCUACUGUGCCCUGAGGAACCUGUACGAGGUGCCGGUUUUGCCUCCUAACAUAACUUAUUUGGAUCUAACCUUAAAUUACAUUAGUGAAAUCCAUGAGAAAUCCUUCUAUGGCUUGGAAAAGCUACAGAUUCUUCUGAUCCAGCAACAGGAGGUAACGCUUGUCUUGAGGAAUAAUGCCUUUAGUGGGCUGUCCAAUCUGAUAAAACUAGAUCUGGCUUACAACACAAACCUACGAGUGGAUCCAGGAGCAUUCAAUGGAUUAUUCAACCUUCAGAUACUCAAUCUUACAGAGUGCAAGUUAUAUGACUCUAUUCUUUCAGGAGAUUACCUGAAACCUCUGGUGUCUCUGGAGCAGCUUUCGCUAGCUGGAAAUAAUAUACGUAAAAUCCGUCCUGCUCCUUUCUUUGUCAACAUGAACAAAUUACAUAUCGUAGAUGUCUCCCAUAACUGGAUUAACAGUUUUUGUGAAGAAGAUUUAUUCCAUUUUCAGGGUAAACACUUCACACUCCUGAAAUUGCGUGAUAUCAAAAUGUAUGAUAUGAAUCCAUAUUGGGGUUCAUGGAAUAAAUGUGGAAACCCGUUCAAGAACAUGUCUAUGACGGUGCUUGAUUUGUCUCUGAACAGCUUCAGCGUUAACAUGGCGGUGCUGUUCUUCAGAGCAAUCCGAGGAACCAAAAUUCACAUUCUGACCCUUGAAUACAGUGGCAGCAUGGGAAAGGGAGUUUGGUACAACAAUUUUAAAGACCCAGACCGAGACACAUUUAUGGACCUGGCUGAGAGUGACAUUAAGGCUCUGGAUCUGUCCAAAUCUAGCAUUUUUGCGCUUAAAAAUUCAGUAUUCAGUUAUAUGUCAGAUCUGGUGGAAAUCUCAAUAGCUCGUAAUUUAAUCAACCAAAUUGAAAGAGAUGCCUUUUAUGGCCUGGACAAUUUAAGAAUGCUCAAUCUGUCUAACAACCUAUUGGAUAAAAUAGAUUCUGAAACAUUUAAAAAUUUACCCAGUCUUGAAACACUGGAUUUGUCUAAUAAUAACAUACGGAUAUUUGUAGCUGAGUCGUUUCAGGGACUUCCCAACCUAGCUAACCUGUUUCUCUCUGAAAAUUCAUUACAGUCCGUGCAUGCGCUGGCAAACCUUCCGUCACUUAAUGUACUUUACUUAGACAGUAACAAAAUUCAGUCCCUUUAUGGGCUUCCAAGCCAAGCAAAAAACACAAAAAUCAUUAAUUUGCAGUACAACAGAUUAAAUAACGUCGAGAGUUUUUAUAUCAUAUUAGUGGAGCUCCCUAGUAUUGAAGCAAUAUAUCUUGGAGGAAACACGUUUUUAUGGUGUCACCUUAACACCAACUAUUCUGUAUCACCUUUAAACAGUGUACAAAUUCUCGACCUCCACAUGACCGGCUUGCAGAACCUUUGGUUCCAAGGAAAGUGUCUUGACAUGUUCGACCACCUUCACCAGUUGCAGAUACUUUUUCUUUACAAUAAUUACAUGCAGUCACUUCCAGAAAACAUCUUCAAGGGACUCACCUCUUUGAGUUUUUUAGAUUUAUCCGUCAACUCUCUAACCUAUAUACCUAAAGGUAUAUUUCCUGAAAGUCUGAGGACACUCAACCUCGCUUUCAAUAAUCUGGGUUCUGUUGACCCGGAGGCCUUUAGCACCCUGACCGUCAUCAGCUUGCUUGGGAACAGCUUUCUUUGCGAUUGUGGUCUGAGAGACUUCCAGACAUGGUUAAAUGAGACAGAUGUGCAAAUGUUUUCCCCUUCUGAGGAUCUGAUGUGUGAGUUUCCUGAAACGCACCGAGGGAAGCCUCUUCUGCAGGUUAAACUCUGUGAGGACGUAGAGGACGAGAAGAGCAUUGAGGAGCUGAGGCUGACGCUGUUCAUCUGCUGCACCAUAUUUAUUAUACUAGCCACCACAGGGUUUAUUACGUUUGUCCGGCUGCGUGGCUACUGCUUCAAGCUUUACAGAAAAGUGAUUGUUAGAUUCGUGGAUGGAAGCCCAAAAGCGGCUGCUGACGAUGACUUCAUGUACGACGUCUACUUAUGUUUCAGUUAUAAAGACAUGAAAUGGGUGACCGAGGCACUGCUGGAAAAGCUAGACUCACACUUCUCUGAUCAAAAUGAAUUACGUUGCUGCUUUGAAGCACGAGACUUCCUACCAGGAGAAGAUCAUCUCUCUAACAUACAUAAUGCAAUCUGGAAGAGUAAAAAAACGUUAUGCAUCUUGUCCAGGGAGUUCUUUAAGGAUGGCUGGUGCUUGGAGGCCUUUAAUCUGGCUCAGACAAAAAUGCUCGAGGAGGUCCAGGAUAUCUUACUGGUUCUUCUUGUGGACAACAUACCACAAUAUAGAUUGAUGAAGUACGAACCGGUCAGAACCUACUUCCAAACCAGGAGGUAUCUCAGCUGGCCAGAAGAUUACCAGGACUUGGAGUGGUUUUACAGCCAUCUUAAACAUAGUAUAUUAAAAGACAACAAAAUCAAGCGAAAAGCGAAAAAAGAUGUUGAUGGUGAAACAAACCACAAGGUAACAAAAGGUGAUGCUGUGACCGCGCUUUGAUUCAUGGUUAUAUAAGUGGAAAUAUAUGAAAAACGUGGUACCACAUAAAGUUAAGAUUGAAUUGGUUAGUGGAUUAAUCUCCAGAUGGGGCACCAUAAAAAAGUGUUUUCUACACAUUUACAAUUACAGAUUGUUUUCUGGAAUAUCCAGAAGUUUGUUCAGUUGUUGCAGUUAUACAUAUUUGUUCCCUUGUCGGACUGUUUCUUUUUCUCCAAGUUAGUAAAAGGCAAAAGAAAAAAAAUAAGCCCUAAAACACAGCUCAUCACAGUUAAAGGUGGGGUCUCCGUUGUUUGAAAGCCAAUGUCGACAUUUGAAAUCACCAAAACAAACACGCCCCUAACCCAAAUGGGUCCCACCCCUGUACUGAUAGCUCCACCCACACAUACAUACGUAACCCAGGCAACUAACGGAAAGAAAUGUGUCUUUAUCAUAGCUGAAGGGAAGAACAAUACGAUUGUAGAUAAACAAACAAGCAAAAAUGACACACAAGCAUAAUCAUGUAAAGGACAAAGACAUAUAUUAGUUCUGUGUAACAAAGCAAAACCAACGUUACUCACCUAUCGAGAAGG